AUGCCACCACGUAAACGCAAAGACGAGGAAGAAGAGCUCGUGGACGAGGAGCCACCAUCUAUCGAACCCUACAAAGUUCUUGCUCUGGAAAAGUCUGCUACUGCCGACGAGAUCAAAUAUGCAUAUCGAAAGGCUGCGCUGAAACACCAUCCAGACAAGGCUCCUGAGCAUCUGAAAGAUGAAGCUCAUACCAAAUUCCAGGAGAUAGCAUUCGCGUAUGCCGUCUUGUCAGAUCCCAUCAGACGGAAACGAUAUGAUGUGACCGGCUCAACAUCCGAAUCUAUUGACGCCGAUGGUUUUAGUUGGUCUGAGUUUUACUCGGAGCAGUUCAAAGACGUGAUAACCUCAGAAGCUAUCGAGAUAUUCUCCAAAGGAUACAAAGGAUCAGAUGAAGAAAAGGAUGACCUCUUGGACGCUUACACGAAGGCUAAAGGUAAAUGGAGUGGCAUAUAUUCAACGGUCAUGCUCAGCGAUCCUCUUGAAGAUGAAGAUAGGUUCAGGGAAAUCAUUGAUAAAGCUAUCGCGCAAGAUGAGGUCAAGCCAUUCAAAGCAUAUACGGGUGAGACAGAGAAAGCAAAGGAGAACAGAAUGAAGCAGGCGAGAAAGGAGGGCAAGGAAGCUAUGGAGUAUGCCCAAGAACUUGGGGUUGCUGACAAGUUAUUUGGAAAAAGCAAAGGAAAGAAAGAUAGUGGUGAGGAUGGGCUAGCAGCUUUGAUCAGAAAGCGUCAGGCCGACCGAGGCUCUUUCUUCGAUAAUCUGGAGGCAAAAUAUUCGAAUGAAAAGAAGCCAAAGAAAGGAAAAGGGAAGAAGAGGGUCUCGGAAGACGAGGAUGAUGAAGAUGAAAUGCCAUCGGAGGAAGCUUUUCAAGCCGCUGCAGCGAGACUAAAGAGCCAGGCUGGCGAUGAGGAAAAGCCUAAGAAGAAGCGUGCAAAGCGUUGA